AUGACGCAAUACACUCUCUCAGUCCAACUGCAGGUGCUGCUGGCCGUGGGUCUGGCCGUGUUCUGCUGGCUGCUGGUGCUCAGCUGCGUCCUCUGCUGGCGGAGGAGGCGCCGGGGCCGCAUCUCGGCCCGGGACAAGGAGGCGGGGCGGGGGGCGGGUGCCCCGGUGAUCCGCAGCCCGUCCCCGCGCAUGCUGCCCGUCAAGCAGCAGUACGAGGAGCUGGAGGGGGAGGUGCUGGAGCUGCCCCCCCUGGGGUUCGGCCCCUCCCCCGGUGAGGACCGCCUCUGCUCACUGCCCCCCCGACACCGGCGGGGGGCGCUCCCCCGAACCCCCGCCCCCCCCUGCGGCGCCUCAGCUCCCCCGCCGUGCCCUGCGCCCCCCGGGCGGCGGCCCCCCCGGCGCGGACGGGCCUCCCUCCCCUCGCUGCCAAAGCUCAACCUCGUGUCGCGGACGCGGCGCGCCAUGGACCGCCGCAGCACCGUGAGCGCCGACAGCUUCCUGUCGUACGGCGAGGCCAGUGCCAUGACCCGGCGGGGGUCGUCCUGCCCGCAGUACGGCUCCGGCGCCGCUGCCACGCCACCGACCAAGCCCCCCACGCUGCUCCACUUCUCGGUGACCUUCUCGCCCGCCCGCGGCACCCUGGCCGUCAGCAUCGGCGGGCUGACGGGCGCGGCUCCGCGGAGGCGCCACGGCGUGUCGGUGCGGGUCAGCCUGCCGCCGCUCCGCCCCUCCCCGCAGCACGCCCCCUCCCGGCGCCGCAGCCUCAGCUCCGAGCUCCACGACCAGAGCUUCCUGCUGCAGGUGGGCUCGCUGGAGGAGCUCCGCGCCUGCACCCUCACGCUGGCCGUGCACACCCGGGACUUCUCCGGCCUGCGGGAGGCGGUGGUGGGCCGGGUGGAGAUGCCCUGCACAGAGAUGGACUGGGAGCCCGACACCACCUCCAGCUACGUCAGGGAGCUCAGCCCGGCCAAGAGCAAGCUGAAGAAGAGCCUGAGCUCUCAGGACUCGCUGGCCCGGAGGAGGGGCUCCGCGGUGCCCGGCCGCGCCCUGGGCCAGCUGUUCAUCCUGCUGCAGUACCAGGCCCUGGCCCAGAGGCUCAAGGUGAUGGUCCGCAAGGCCGAGAGCCUGGUGAAGCUCACCCGGAUGCCCGGAGCCCCAGACCAUUACGUUGUCAUCAACCUGCGACAGGACGGUAAAGUGAUUGCCUCCAAAGAGACCAAGGGCACGGCGGGCUCCAACCCGGUCUGGAACGCCCCCUUCCUGUUCGACCUGCCCGCCGGCGACAUCAGUGAGCUGCCGUUGCUCUUGGAGUUCGUUGUCAUGCAGGGUCGUCUGUACACCAAGAGCAGCGUGCUCGGCAGCGUGCUGAUUGGCUGCUCUGCUCCGGAGGCGGGACAAGGACACUGGAAGGAGAUGUGCCGUCGGGGGCAGUUGGAGACGGCACGCUGGCACACCGUCCAACCAGACGGCCUGAAGGCUUGACUGCCUGAUUGGUCCAUUGAUCCUUCCCCUAGGAAGACUUGGGAAGAUCUGAAACUGUAGGACAGGACAAUGUGCAGCAAGGUUGGAGAAUCCGUCUUCAGAGGAUGGACUCCUGAUCUCUCCGACUCCCCUCCAUGCUCUUUGUUUUUAACCCUGUCUGCGUACGGUGAAGUGUGUGCUGUUUUCUGUGAGCUCUGUGAUGUGUCAGAUACUGUAUCUUGUAUGGAAACACUUCUUACCUUUGCAGGGAUCAAUACUUAUACUAAGGCAACUGCUGCAGAGACCAUAACCAAAGGGCUGAGACUCUUACAGAACUGAGACGUUGCUGUUGGUGUCACAUGCAUACGUUAGGCUUAUGUAAGUUAAGCUCCUGUAUCUAGUUACUGUAUUGUAAUGCGGUGCUGCCCGGUCACUUCCACAGACCAUGACGCUCUCUUCUGCAUGACCUUGUGUUACUGUGUUAGGUUCUAUGCAUUGGGCAGAGGUGGAUGAGUGUUUGAUCGGGUGUCGAUACUCAAUGAUUGGGGUGUACAUACUGGUUGAUGUCGGCGUUGGUGUACCAAGUCAGUAUUCGUUUACAUAACUUUGGGGGGGCUGGUUGGUCGUGCCCUAGGUGUUUGACUCGCUGAGAGGUCCUGGGUUUGAUCCCCAGUACCGACAGCCUACUAGUAGGCAUCCUUGAGCGAGAUGCCGCCUCCUACCUGCUCCCUACUGACCUAUAGCUGAACUCACUGUACAGUGGUCUCAUAGCUGCAUGGCUGGGCUCUGCACGAUAACAACACUAGCAUUUGAACAUGACCCAACAUACGAGAUGCAUCGCUAUUGUUGAGAUUGUUGUUAAUGUAAUUGGGUGGAAAUAAGCUCUUUGUUUAUUUAAUUUAUGUAUAACUAAUAAAAAAGACAAUCAGCCUG